AUGUCCUUCUUAGCCGUCCCCCUCCUCAAACUCGGCCUCAACCAAGCCAAGAAACACAAGGCCAAGAAAGACCUCCAAAAAUACCAGAACGCCGGCGUCUACCCACCAAACUACCCACAAGAGCAGCACCCAAUGAGCGGCUACCCGGCAGGCGCGACACCCGGCACAACCAUGCACUUCGAGUCGCCGCCCCAAGAACAGAGCAAAAGCGCCAAGCUCACCUUCAUGUUCUUCUCCGGUCUCCGCAUCCUCCAAGUGAUCUUCGGACUAACGGUCAUGGGCAUGUACGGCAAAGACGUGCACCACGACCACUCCGAGAAACACACCUGGCACUCGAAAUGGGUGUACGCGCUCGUCACAGCAUUCUUCGCAAUCAUCACCGCAGCCAUCCACCUCAUCCUGCCGUUCGUGAUGCGCAAAGCUAAGCUCGGUGCUGGCCCGGGCCCUGCCCUGCUGCUGCCGCAGUUUGCGUGGGAGUUUGUUGUUACCGUGCUGUGGUUGACGCUCUUUGGCAUCUUCGGGAAGAUGUAUAUUGGUGUUCAUCCUGUGGAGAGUUCCAGUUCCAGUUCGAAGACUGAUACUACUACUUCUGCGCUUGGUGAUGCGUCGAAAAUUAAUCGUAUGCGCCAUGCUGUUUGGAUCGAUAUUAUUAACUUGGUGUUCUGGGUCAUGUCUGCUUCUUGGAUUUUAAUUCGCUGGUUGAAGAGUCGCAGGUCGGCUGUCCCUGGGGAUGCGAUUGAUGCUGAGAAGGGUGGGCAGAUUUAG